UCAAAUUACGCAUGUAGUUGAAAAUAGUUCAGAGAAGAAAUUAUUCUUGGUUCAAGUCCCCUUGAAGGAUGACUAGUUUGUCUUCCUGCGAAGACUUCACUCAAAAACAUACUAAUUCUGAUCCUAGUGUCGCUCAGAGGUGAGGAUGAAAGGGUUAACAGCAGAGGUCACCAACAUGGUGCCAGCGGGCACCUGGCAGGCCGUAAGGACCACAUGAGUGGCCCGCAAGUCUGUUCUAAAAAUAGCUUACAAGUGAUGGGCCAUUAUGAUAAACUAGGAAUGUUGUCAAAGUGAUCAUUUGAAAUAAAAACAAUUUAUAUGUAAAAAAAAAAGUGCUAGCUCUGAAAGUAGUAGAAGGUGAGUAGUCAGGCGCCAUCUUACAGUGCUACAAAACAUUGUUUCAAUCUGAAGAGGGAAAAAGUCAUCCAAUCGGCCUACUCAAGUAUACAAAUGCAUUUACGCGUAUGCGGGCUGUCCUUAAAUGGCAGACGGCAGGAUUUCCUCACAGGAACGAUCAAGUUACUGCUGCCCUGAUCAAUGACAGCCAUCAUCCCUAUGGCUGUAAACAACUAUGAACCAUACGUCUCCUCUGUUAAGUGCACUCCCAACUUUCCUUCUAUAUCCCACUUCUGAUUUCGCCAGCUGGCUAUCGUUCAUUUGUAGACGCUGAAGGCAAACCUCUCUCUGUCACAGCCUGUGACCACAUCCUGUUGGAGUAGGAAAAUAGAGCGACUCUGGCAGCCAACUCACUGUAGUUCCUAAAAUGCCGCUUGUGUAAAUGUCGCUCGCAAGCGUACCUGUCAGGUGAAGCUUAUUAUUGUCCGACACGGGGAGGAUUUUGUUGGAACUUCAAACAGGGUGUAGCCAACUAUAAGACAGUCAUGAUGAAAACGGGUGCCACCAAGUUGGGGCUGCCCAAGGCGGGAUUCCAGGAGCGGGCGAAGCAGGCUUCUUUAGCUCCCUCUACUUCAUGCUCCACCACCACCUCCACAGGAAUGAGGACUUCCAGAUCGUCCAACACGCUAGCCUCGGACCAGCGACUCAGCAGGCUUAAACGAGCCAACAGUGAUGAUGCUCUGACAAAGCCUGCACUGGGAGCUGCUGCCUCCGGCUUGCGCAUGAAGAAGACUGUGACCACCGGAGCCAUCUCGGAUCUUCCCGAGGCCCGCCACCGUUCUCUCGCUGGUUGUCAAGCAACGAAGAAGUCUGGUAUCCCAGCCCCAAGAGAAAUCCCAUCUUCAAUAACAAGGGACCGCAUUUCCCUGCGGGACCAGUUGAGGAGCGCGUCCAGUAAGAGGAUUGUUUCCAGUGCCAGCACUUCAAGCCUCUCCACCCUGACAAAGCAAACGCGUAGCUCAACAAAGUGUCGUGGAGAAGCAGAAGGCCAAGAAAGGGGCCUCCUGGAAUGUCAGGUUAAAGAGCUGCUGGCUGAAGUCAAGGCUAAAGAUUUGGAGAUCAGCAAUCUCCGCGUCGAGUUGCAACGCGGCAAAAAUAAAGCUUCCACUUCUUCACCAUUGCCAUCGCCUGUCUCUGUAUCGCCUCAAGAUCUGUCCGCGGAACAAGAGGGAAAGCUCGCAGAGACUCUUGUCCUGGUUCAGGAGCUCAAGGAAAAGAAUGCAAAGUUUCAGAGAGAGCUAGCAAACCUCCGAGAGGAGAACCAAGUGCUAAAGAGAAGGCUUCUCUCUUUUGAGAUGUUACCAUUAUCCGGCAGCCCUCCUAAACCUCACAAUGGCCUACCGUCAGAUUCCAGCCCAAGUGCCAGUCUCAUUAAAACAUCCAUCUACUCCAGCUCCGUUAAAGACUCGCCUUCACCCGACUCGUCGGAGUUUGAGAAAAUCCCACGUUCCGAAUCCGGUAGCAGCAAUUUCAGUGGUGAGGCCAUCGCCGGUGGGCAUCAUGUGUCUGUACAGAGCCUAACGGAACAGAUCCACAAGAUGGAGGAAAACCACCACAGCACUGCGGAAGAGCUGCAGGCCACUCUGCAGGAGCUCGCCGACCAGCAGCAAGUGGUGCAAGAGCUGACGACGGAGAAUGAGCGUCUGGCUGAGGAGAAGAGCCUCCUGCAGACCUCACUCCAGCAGCAGAGAGAACGUUUAGAGCUGCUCUCCCAGAAGAACGAGGCGCUGGCUAGCCGACUUCAGGAGCAGGCCCAGAGUGAGGACGAGUUCAGGAGCCAAGGUCCUCGACUUGUUGAGCUCGAGCAAAGGUACGCCGAGCUGGUUGAAAGCUCCCGCUUUGAACGGGAGAAGCUGGUGAACAUCCAGCAGCAGUUAACGAGCAGCCUGCGAGCUCUGGAGGAGGAACACCAGGAGGCGCAGGGCCAGGUACACGGCCUGCGAGAAGAGAUGGACAGGCUACACGGCCAACUGAGCCGCGAGCUGGAAGCCAGGGGCGAAGCCGCGCAGUCCGCGGAAGAGCAGAGAGCGGCGGCCGACUGUCUCCGAGUGGAAAAUAGUAGGCUGAAGGCGCAGGUGGACAUUGAGAGGCAAAAGGUGGGUGAGCUGAAGGCUAUGCAGAGCGCCAGUGACAGUACCGAGCUGCAGCGCCUACUCAAGACAGCCCACGCUGAGAGAGACCGACUGGAGCUGGACCUGACACAGCUGAGGCAGGACCUGCUGCGGGCCCACGAUGAGACCGAGCACGUACAAGCCAGCAUGUCCAAGGUGGAGGCCAAAGGUCAGCAGGUCCAGGAGAGAGCGGAGAUGAGGGAGGAGGAGCUCACCAAGCGGUUGAGUGCCUUGGAGGAGGCGGGUAUGGUGGCUGAGAAACAAGUGAAGGACAUGAAGGAGACCAUCUUUGAACUGGAGGACCAGGUGGAGCAACAGCGGGCAAUCAACCUCCACACUAAUCAAACAGUCCUCGACUUGGAGAAUCUUGUUAAAAAAUUCGAGGAGCAGAAAUUUGAAGCGGAACGUCAACUGAAAGUUGUCAGCAGGCAGAUGAAGGAAGAAAAAGAUGAGUGGCAUCAGUUCCAGGCUGAUCUCCAGACAGCAGUGGUGGUUGCCAAUGACAUCAAGGUGGAGGCUCAACAGGAGCUGCGUACACUCCGAAGGCAGCUGCAGGAGGAGCAGGAUCGCAGUGCCAAGCUUUCUUUAGACCUGGAAGCCCUACAAGGUGUCAGGUCUCAAGGCGAUGAUGUAAGACAGUCCACUUGUGACGGUAGCCGUAAGUGGCACGGUGUGAGCACAAGCCCAAACGCUGACGCCAACGGCAAUGCCAACAUGGAGCCAGGAGCUAAUGUCAAGUCUCUCAUGAAGUCAUCUGAUGCUGGUGGACAGAACGGACCAGGCCUCACAGUUCAAAUCCACGGCUCAUCUAGAAGCCCUCUAAGUGGAAUCCCGAUGCGGACCGCACCGGCUGCUGCAGUCUCGCCAAUCCAGAGGCAGUCGUAUAUAAAGCCCUUGUCAAAGUUGUUGGAAAAAAGAAUCAGUCAUGGAGACUUUGUUCAUCCUCACAGUAAAAUUUCAAGCUGUGGAAAAAACACCAAACCGAACAUUCUGAUGAGGAAAAGUCCAUCCCUGGAGUCGAUAUUCAAAAGCCCUGCUUCUCUGAGAAGCCACACAUCGUCUCUUGGCUGCAACCAGGCCAACAGCAUGUUCAGUACGGACCCCUUGGCUGCACUCGCACGGGAGUAUGGGGGAUCUAAGAGGAACGCUCUACUGAAGUGGUGCCAGAAGAAAACACAAGGCUAUCCGAAUAUUGAUGUGACCAACUUCAGCAGCAGUUGGAGCGAUGGCUUGGCGUUUUGUGCCCUCCUGCACACAUAUUUGCCCGCUCACAUCCCCUACCAGGAACUCAUCAGUCAAGAUAAGAUCCGGAAUCUGACUCUGGCUUUUCAGGCUGCCGAGAGCAUUGGCAUCAAACCUUCCCUGAACAUCGAGGAGCUGAUGAAGACCGACCGACCCGACUGGCAGAGCGUCAUGCAGUACGUCUCUCAGAUCUACAAGUACUUUGAGACCUGACUGGCAUCUGCAGUACAUUCGCCUUCCCGACAGACUUUCCUCGCCUCCCGUUUGGUGCUGGACACUUGGGCCCAUCCAUUUCAGAGUAGCUGCUUUCUACUGCAAAAUGUUCAACCACAAUGUGGCCACGUCGCACAUUUCUACUGUUACAGGUGAAAAGUUGAAGACAUGGGGUGAAAGAAAAGUCCACUUUGGGUGAAACUUUCAGGUGAAUCUGAAAUGCACUUGAACCUUUGCAUUUCAAUGGACCUUCUAAACUUUUGAAUGCGCAUGUCCAACCGUUUAGUGUUUCUUUUUUUUAACUCUUCUUUCAAAAGAUGCUGAAUUUCAAAUUUCACACAGAGUGUUUGAUGAAACUGACAACAUCAAGGGCACAGUCACAAGACAAAGGCUGCAGUGCGUCUCAGAUUCAUUAUGAUGUUUUUUUUCCCCCCUCACGAAAGCCAAACAAAGCAAAAAUACCUUUAAAAAAUUCUAAGUGUUCCGUGACUUUCAAAUGGUGUGCCAAAUGAUGAAUGUCCAAAGUGUAGGCUACGGUGCUUUCAAAGCGUCAUCCACUUGCUGGGCGUUAUACAACAUGGAGCAGUGGAAAUUGACUGCUUGUAUUUUCCAAGACGCACUGCCAUGUGUAUCCUGGAAUCGUUACAAGAAUUAGUUUUCCAUCAAAGGGCCACUGUGCUUUGUAUACCAAAACUAUUGGGAGACAUUCGCAGCAACGGUGUUGUGGCUUGAUUUAAUAUCGGAACUCUGUGUAAUUGCACCCCGAUAGGGACAUUGACAUAUUUGACAUAUUUUCCUAUUCUUCUCAGCACAUAUUGUCGCUUUGGAAGUAAACCAUUUAUUUAUUUACGUGCAUCCUGAGGAGUCAACACAUGGACAAACGUGUGCACUCAUUCAUUUUAAGAGCUGUUGCAUGAAUAAAGGAAUGUCAAUUUGUA